AUGACUCUGAACGGCGGCAGCAGCGGAGCGGGCGGUAGCCGCGGCGGCGGCCGGGAGCGCGAGCGCCGUCGGGGCAGCACGCCCUGGGGCCCCGCGCCGCCGCUGCACCGCCGGAGCAUGCCGGUGGACGAGCGGGACCUGCAGGCGGCGCUGGCGCCCGGCGCCCUGGCGGCCACUGCGGCCAGCACCCCCACCCAGGGUCCGAGGCUGGACUGGCCCGAGGGCUCUUCGGACUCUCUCAGCUCGGGGGGCAGCGGCUCCGACGACAGUGUGUACAAGGUGCUGCUGCUGGGGGCGCCCGGUGUGGGCAAGAGCGCUCUGGCGCGCAUCUUCGGCGGUGUGGAAGACGGGCCUGAUGUAGAGGCCGCAGGGCACACCUACGAUCGCUCCAUCACCGUAGACGGAGAAGAGGCAUCGCUCAUUGUCUAUGACAUUUGGGAGCAGGAUGGGGGCCACUGGCUGCCUGGCCACUGCAUGACCAUGGGAGAUGCCUACGUCAUCGUGUACUCAGUGACUGACAAGGGCAGCUUUGAGAAGGCUUCGGAGCUGCGGGUCCAGCUGAGGCGGGCACGGCAGACAGAUGAUGUGCCCAUCAUCCUUGUGGGCAACAAGAGCGAUCUGGUGCGCUCACGGGAGGUCUCCGUGGAUGAGGGCAGAGCCUGCGCUGUGGUCUUCGACUGCAAGUUCAUCGAGACAUCAGCAGCGCUGCAUCACAAUGUCCAGGCACUAUUUGAGGGCAUCGUACGUCAGAUCCGGCUGCGCAGGGACAGCAAGGAGGCCAAUGCCCGGCGGCAGGCGGGCACUCGGCGGCGGGAGAGCCUCGGCAAGAAGGCUAAGCGCUUCCUGGGCCGCAUCGUGGCACGCAACAGCCGCAAGAUGGCCUUCCGUGCCAAGUCCAAGUCCUGCCACGACCUCUCAGUUCUCUAG